UUGUCGGAAGAGUAAAACAAUGAUAAAAUAGCAUGCCUGGGUGUGUUGUUUAGGUGAGUUGGAAAGAUAAACAAAUUCAGGAGUUUAAUCGGUGAGGAGUAGGGACAGUGUUUACAGUUAGGGUCCCUCCGGCUUAAUGACAUGGUCCCUUUUCCAGUCGCUUUCUUCCUACUCGCCUUAUGUUCCUAUUCUCCUACCACAGUCAAUGGCUCGGACACGUGUCAAGCCAGUGAAGUACACUGUAGUUCUGGAGCUGUGCAGUGUAUUCCUGUCUCUUGGAAAUGUGAUGGAGAAAAAGACUGUGAAGAUGGUAGUGAUGAAGAGAACUGUGGUACCCUUGCAUGUAAUCCAUUAGAGUUUACUUGUACCAGUGGUCGAUGCAUAUCCAAGAAGUUUCAUUGCAAUGGUGCAGAUGACUGUGGUGAUGGGAGUGAUGAGAGAGGCUGUGGAUUGCCCACCUGUGGUCCACAUGAAUUUCAGUGCAACAAUUCUGAAUGCAUCCCCUUGAAUUGGCUGUGUGAUGCCAAUGCUGACUGUGCAGAUAAAUCUGAUGAAGCUCCAAACCAGUGUGGAUAUACACUUUCAAUCAUGACUUGUCCUCCUGCUGAGUUCUUGUGUGAUUCUGGCCAAUGCAUUCAUCAGCACUGGUACUGUGAUGGAGAUAAAGACUGCAGUGAUGGAAGUGACGAAGCCCGGUGUCCAUUCCAAAUAUGCAAAUCUGGCUACUUCAGAUGUGAUAACAACUGUGUUCCUGAAAGCAAGAAAUGUAACCACUUUAUCGACUGCAUUGAUGGAAGUGAUGAGCUGAACUGUGAAAAGUGCACAGGGCCUUCAGAUUUCCAGUGCCAAACUGGAGAAUGUAUAAAUAUAACCCACGUGUGCAACCAGCAACAAGAUUGCAAGGACUGGAGUGAUGAGCCCCUCCAAUGUAAUGUGGAUGAAUGCUUGUUGAGCAAUGGUGGCUGCUCUCACAUCUGCAGAGAUCUUCUCAUUGGCUAUGAAUGUCAAUGUCCACCUGGCUUUGAACUGGCUGACCAACACUCCUGUGCAGAUAUUGAUGAAUGCCAAAAUCCAGGAUCCUGUAGUCAAAUUUGUCUGAAUUCAGUUGGAAGCUAUCAAUGUGAGUGCCUGAAAGGAUAUCACCUCGAUCUGAUCAAUGGGGCUUGUAAGGUUAUAGGAGAAGAGCCCUUUUUGAUUUUUACUAAUCGUCAUGACAUCCGUAAAAUGGGAUUGCAUCACUUGAAAUAUACUUUGAUUGUUGACCAGCUGAAAAAUGCUAUUGCUCUUGAUGCUGAUGUUGCAGCACAGACCAUCUUCUGGGCUGACUUGGCAGAGCAUGCAAUCAUCAGUGCAUUGAUUAACAAACAAGAUGGUACAAUUGAGAUUUCAAGAAUCUUCAGUGAUUUGUACCACCCUGUGGGAGUUGCUGUAGACUGGAUUCAUGCCAACAUUUAUUGGACAGAUUCUGGCACUAAAACACUUUCAGUGGGCAAUUUCAAAGGAACAAAAAGGAAGAUCCUCUUUGAGAACAACCUAAAGGAACCAGCAUCUAUAGUAGCUGAUCCAUUAACUGGGUUUAUGUACUGGUCAGACUGGGGUGAGCCAGCCAAGAUAGAAAAGGCAGGAAUGAAUGGUGCUGAUCGCCAGCUGUUUGUUACCAGAGAGAUUUACUGGCCAAAUGACAUUACACUUGAUCUUGUGAAAAGCCGUUUAUAUUGGGUUGAUUCAAAGCUGCACACACUGUCAAGCAUUGAUCUAAAUGGUCAGGAUAGGCAAACUGUAUUGAGAUCUGAAGAAUUCCUUGCUCAUCCUCUUGGUGUAGCACUCUUUGAGGAUCAUGUCUUUUGGAUCGAUGGUGAGAAUGAAGCUAUUUAUCGUGCCAAUAAAUUCACAGGGGCUAAUGUAACUACUAUAGCCUCCAAUCUUGAUGAGCCUCAUGAUAUUAUUGUUUACCAUGAGUUAACACAACCAUCAGGUAAAAAUCGAUGUAAUGGGAGUUUGAAUGGAGGUUGUGAAUACAUGUGUCUUCCUGCUCCACGCAUUAGCAUUCACUCAUCAACAUACACUUGUGUCUGUCCAAACAAUGUAGAUGUGAAUGCAGAUGGAAGGUCAUGUGCAGGUGACACAAUGUGUGGAGCAACAGCCUUUGUGUGUCCUGAUGGACAAUGCCUCCCCCUCAGACUGAAAUGUGAUGGCCAUGCUGACUGUGAAGAUGGAUCUGAUGAAAUCCCAGAAGAAUGUUAUAUGAGCCUCUGUGCUUUUGAUGAGGUAAGCUGUGGCCCUGGGUCCCUUGAAUGUAUUCCUGUUUAUUGGAAAUGUGAUGGAGUAGAGGAUUGUGAUACUGGCAAAGAUGAAGAUGGUUGUGGCAACCUUACUUGCAGCACAGAAGAAUUUGCCUGUGCCAGUGCCAGAUGUAUUUCCAUGGCAUUUGUUUGUAAUGGUGAAGAUGAUUGUGGUGAUGGAAGUGAUGAGGAGAACUGUACAUCAAUCGCCUGUGGGCCACAUGAAUUUCAGUGUAACAAUUCUGAAUGUAUCUCUUCGCACUGGGUUUGUGACUCUAAUGUUGAUUGUAGUGAUCGAUCAGAUGAAUCUCCAGUUCUCUGUGGGCAUCCCCUUCCUCCUGUGACUUGCCCUCCUGAUGAGAUCUAUUGUGGCUCUGGUGAAUGUGUCCAUAGUCGAUGGUACUGUGAUGGUGAUGCUGAUUGUCAAGAUGGAAGUGAUGAAGUUAACUGUCCUCCUAUAACAUGUCGACCAGAUUAUCUUCCUUGUGAUAAUGGAAGCUGCAUUCCAGAAAGCCGCCAAUGUGAUGGAUUUCCAGACUGCAUUGAUGGCAGUGAUGAGUUGAACUGUAAGAAUGAAUGCACAGGACCUGAUGACUUCAAAUGCCAAAAUGGAGAAUGUAUAUCUCUAACCCAAGUGUGUGAUCGACAUCAAGAUUGCAAGGACUGGAGUGAUGAGCCCCUCAAAUACUGUCACCUAAAUGAGUGCCAAGUUAACAAUGGAGGCUGCUCUCACAUCUGCAGAGAUCUGGCCAUUGGUUAUGAGUGUAUCUGCCCUACUGGCUUUGAAUUGGUCGAUAGAAAAACAUGUGCAGAUAUUGAUGAAUGUCAAGAUAUUGGAGUCUGCAGUCAAACUUGCAUUAAUACAAACGGAAGCUUUAAAUGUGAAUGCUUAGCAGGAUAUCGCUUGGAUACAACUAAUCAAAGCUGCAGGGCAGUUGGAGACAAAGAGCCUUAUCUGAUCUUUACUAAUCGUCACGAUAUUCGAAAAAUGGGGCUCUAUCACCAAGAGUAUACCCAAGUAGUUGACCAGCUGAGAAAUGUAGUGGCGUUGGAUGUUGACAUUUCAGAACAGCAAAUCUUUUGGGUUGACUUGGGUCAGCAAGCAAUCUUCAGUUUGUUCAUGUCUGAAGAGAAAAGCAAAACGGGUAUCACUAGAGUUAUUGAGAAUGUAGGUAUUCCUAUGGGGAUUGCUGUGGACUGGAUCUACAAGCAUGUUUACUGGACUGAUCGUGGUACCAGAAUGAUCUCUGUGGCUACAUUUGAUGGAACUUUAAGGAAGACUCUGUUUGAUACUGACCUGAGAGAACCAGCUUCGUUGGCAGUUGAUCCAUUAACUGGGUUCAUGUAUUGGUCAGAUGUGGGUGAGCCAUCCUCUAUAGAGAAAGCAGGAAUGAAUGGCGUCAAUAGGCAGCUUCUGGUUGGCAGCAAGAUUGAGUCACCAAAUGGCAUCGCACUUGACCUUGUGAACAGCCGUCUGUACUGGGUUGACUCAAAACUUCACACAUUGUCCAGUGUGGAUGUUAAUGGACAAGACCAAAGGACAGUGCUUUAUUCACCGGAGUUCCUUGCUCAUCCUUUUGCUGUCACAUUAUUUGAGGAUCAUGUAUUCUGGUCUGAUGAAAGAAAUGAAGCCAUUUUUGGAGCCAACAAAUAUACAGGCACAGAUGUCAUGACUUUAGUUUCCAAUCUUCUUCAACCUCAUGAUGUCAUUAUUUAUCAUGAUUUAAUACAACCAUCUGGUAAAAACUGGUGCAAUGAGGAAUUGGAAAAUGGAGCCUGUAAGUACCUCUGUCUUCCUGGUCCACAGAUCGAUCAAUUGCCAAGGUACACCUGCUUGUGUCCAACUGGAAUGAAACUAAAGGAUGGAGGAUUGUGUGAACUGGCUGGUAAUACUACCUGUCAAGCAUCAGACUUCAUCUGUCAUGAUGGACAAUGUGUGCCCAAUAAAUGGCAGUGUGAUGGCGUGGCUGAUUGUGAAGAUGGAUCUGAUGAAGCCUCAGACAUAUGUCACACCAGUAUCUGUCAUAUGAAUGAAAUUAGCUGUGGCCCUGGCUCCCUUCAGUGUAUUCCUGCAACUUGGAAAUGUGAUGGAGAAAAGGACUGUAAUACUGGCAGUGAUGAAGAGAAUUGUGGUAACCUUACUUGCAGUCCAGGAGACUUUACUUGUUCCAGUGGUAGAUGUGUUUCCAGAGCCUUUGUCUGCAAUGGGGAUUAUGACUGCAAUGAUGGAAGCGAUGAAAGAAACUGUGCUCCAUCUAUCUGUCACCCACGGGAGUUUCAUUGCAAUGAUUCUAAAUGUAUUCCCCUGGACUGGAUGUGUGAUGGCCAUGCUGACUGUGCUGACCAGUCUGAUGAAUCUCCAGACCACUGCAAGCACAACACACUUCCUCCUGUGACUUGCUCUCCUGAUGACAUUCAAUGUCGCUCUGGUGAAUGCAUUCACAGUAAAUGGUACUGUGAUGGUGAUACAGAUUGUAAAGAUGGCAGUGAUGAAAUAAAUUGUCCUCCUCUAGUCUGUAAACCAGAUACUUUCCAAUGUGAUGGUACAUGCCUUCCUGGAAACAUAAAGUGUAAUGGAGUUUGGGACUGUACUGAUGGAAGUGAUGAGGCCAGAUGUGAGCGUGAAUGUACAGGACUCGAUGACUUCAAAUGCCAAAGUGGUGAAUGCAUAAACCUAUCUUUGGUGUGUAACCAACAUCAAGACUGCCAGGACUGGAGUGAUGAGCCCAUUAAAGGAUGCAAUGUGAAUGAAUGUUUACUGAAUAAUGGGGGCUGCUCUCACAACUGCACUGAUCUCAUAAUUGGUUACAAAUGUGAAUGUCCUGCAGGCUUUAAACUGUCUAAGGAGACUUGCAUAGAUAUCGACGAAUGUCAAAUUCCUGAAACCUGCAGUCAAAUUUGCAUCAAUUCGGAAGGUAGCUACAAGUGUGAAUGCCACCAAGGAUAUCAUAUGGAUCCAGCUAAUGGGAUUUGCAAGGCAGUUGGGAAAGAACCUUAUUUGAUCUUCACUAAUCGACAUGACAUCCGGAAACUAGGACUGCAUCACCAUGAGUAUUCUCAGGUGGCUGUACAGUUGAGAAAUGUUGUAGCAUUGGAUGCUGACAUUGCUGAACAAAGAAUUUACUGGGCUGAUGUGGGACACCAGGCAAUUUUCAGUAUGUCCAUUAAUGAAUGGAAAGACCAAGCUGGCCCAUCUGUGGUAGUCAGAGAUCUAGACACCCCUGUGGGGAUUGCUGUUGACUGGAUUUACAAACACAUCUACUGGACUGAUGGUAGGACUAAAGCUAUAUCUGUUGCAACACUUGAUGGAGCCAGAGGAACCAUUCUCUUUAACACUGACCUAAAAGAGCCAGCAUCUAUAGAAGUCGAUCCAUUAUCUGGGUUUGUUUACUGGUCAGACUGUGGUGAGCCAGCAAAGAUAGAAAAAUCCGGAAUGAAUGGUGUGGGUCGACAGCUCCUUGUCACUGGAGGGAUUCAGCAGCCAAAUGGAAUUGCACUUGAUCUCGUGAAAAGCCGCCUCUAUUGGAUUGACUCCAAGCUACACAUGUUGUCCAGUAUUGAUCUCAAUGGUCAGGAUAGAAGGAUAGUCCUGCAGUCAAAAGAAUUCCUUGCUCAUUCAUUUGCCAUUUCAGUAUUUCAGGAUAGUGUCUUCUGGAUUGAUGAUGAAAAUGAAGCUAUUCAUGAAGCCAACAAGUUCACUGGAGGAAAUCUUGUAACUUUGGUUUCUAAUCUGAAUGGACCUAGAGACUUCAUUAUUUAUCAUGAGUUGGUGCAGCCAUCAGGAAGGAACUGGUGUGAUAUGGAUACUAAAAGUAGAAGUUGUGAAUACAUGUGUGUACCUGCUCCUCAAGUUAGCAGUUUUUCCAAGAGAUCUACCUGCAUAUGUCCACCUGGAAUGAUGCUAGAGGAUGGGUGGUACUGUAAAACAGGUAAUGUGACCUGUAAGCCAUCUGAGUUUAUGUGCCCAAGUGGGAAAUGCAUCCCUGGACGAUGGUUAUGUGAUGGUAAUGCUGACUGUAAAUAUGGGUCUGAUGAAAGCCCUGAAAUAUGUUAUGUGAAAAUGUGCCAACUCCAUGAAAUAAGCUGUGGCCCUGGAUCAUCCCAAUGCAUUCCUGUCUCUUGGAGAUGUGAUGGUGAACAGGACUGUGAAAAUGGUGGUGAUGAGGAGGAUUGUGGUUCUGCUACUUGUGAUCUAACUGAAUUUACCUGCUCCACUGGUAGAUGUGUUUCAAAGGCAUUUGUCUGCAAUGGUGCAGAUGACUGUGGUGAUGGAAGUGAUGAAAAAGGCUGUGCACCAACUUCCUGUGGCCCACAUGAAUUUCACUGCAAUAGUUCAGAAUGCAUUCCCUGGAGUUGGGUGUGUGACACAAAUGCUGAUUGUGCUGACCAAUCUGAUGAAUCACCAGACCACUGUGGACAUAUCCAUCCUCCAAUGACCUGUCCUCCCAAUACAAUUCAGUGUGGCUCAGGUGAAUGUAUCCAUAGUCGGUGGUACUGUGAUGGUGAUACUGACUGCAAAGAUGGAAGUGAUGAAGUCAACUGUUCUCUUCACACAUGUAGACCAGAUCACUUCAGAUGCAGUGAUGGUGCUUGUGUCCUUAAUGACCGAAAAUGCGAUGGACUUAAAGAUUGUCUUGAUGCCAGUGAUGAAUUUGGCUGCCAAAAUGCUACAGAGUGUACAGGAGUCACUGAAUUUAAAUGUGGCAGUGGUGAAUGCAUAAAUGUCAGUAAGGUUUGUGAUCAGCAUCAUGACUGCAGAGAUUGGAGUGAUGAAACAUCCAAAUGUAAUGUGAAUGAAUGCUUGGAAGACAAUGGUGGCUGUUCUCAUCUUUGUAAGGAUCUGAUUAUUGGUUAUGAAUGUGAUUGUCCUGCUGGCUUCAAAUUAACUGAUAAAAACUGUGAAGAUAUUGAUGAAUGCAAGAAUGUUGGGACCUGCAGUCAAACUUGCAUCAAUUUAGAAGGAAGCUAUAUGUGCAAGUGUCACAUUGGAUAUCUCAUGGACCCAGCUAGUGGAGUUUGCAAGGCUGUAGGCAAGGAGCCAUAUUUAAUCUUCACGAAUCGUCAUGACAUCAGAAAACUGGGAUUGCACCACAAAGAGUACAGGCAGCUAGUUGCACAGCUGAGAAAUGCUGUGGCACUGGAUAUUGAUGUGUCUCAGCAGAUGAUCUUCUGGGCUGACCUGGGAGAGCGGGCAAUUUUCAGUAUGCCAAUGGAUGAACAAACUGGCAAUGCUACUAUUUCCAGGAUUGUUAAUAAUGUAAGAACUCAUGUAGGCAUUGCUGUUGACUGGAUCUACAACAAUAUUUACUGGACUGAUAUGGGUGCUCGGACCAUUUCUGUUACAAGCUUUGAUGGAAUCCAAAGGAAAACUCUCUUUGACAGCAACUUGAGAGAACCAGCCUCUGUAGCAGUUGAUCCUCUGCUGGGGUACAUGUACUGGUCAGACUGGGGUGAACCGGCAGUAAUCGAAAAAGCAGGAAUGAAUGGUGUUGGUCGUAAGCUGUUAGUUACCAGAGACAUUGAAUGGCCUAGUGCCAUUACGCUUGAUCUCACACAAAGCCGUCUAUAUUGGGUUGACUCUAAGCUGCACAUUCUGUCAAGUGUACGUUUGACCGGAGAGGAUAGAAGAACUGUGCUUUCCUCAAUGGAAUUUCUUGCUCAUCCUUAUGGUGUAUCAGUGUUCGAGGAUCAUAUCUUCUGGACUAGCUGGGAGCAUAACACCAUCUAUCGAGCAAAUAAAUAUACAGGAAAGGAUCUGAUCACUUUAAUCUCCAAUCUCCAGGAUGUUCGGGAUGUUAUCAUCUAUCAUGAGCUCACACAGCCAUCAGGCAAGGACUGGUGCAAGAAUACAAAUGGGGGAUGUAAAUACAUGUGUCUACCAGCUCCUCAAAUCAACAGUUACAGUCCCAAAUAUACUUGUGUGUGUCCACCUGGAAUGGAGUUGUUAAAGGAUGGACAUCAUUGUGGAGCAGUCAAAACCAUCUGUGGAGUAAUGGAGGUCAAGUGCAAUGAUGGACAAUGUAUACCUGAGAGAUGGCAAUGUGAUGGUGUAGCUGACUGUGAUGAUGGAUCAGAUGAAAGUGAAGGAGUUUGCUAUCUGACAGCAUGCCCCAUUGGAGAAAUUAAAUGUAGUUUGGAGUCUUUUCGAUGUAUUCCAGUUUCCUGGAAGUGCAAUGGCAUACAAGAUUGUGAUGAUGGUGCUGAUGAGGAAAACUGUGGCCAGAUUACCUGCAGUCCAACAGAGUUCACUUGCUCCAAUGGCAGAUGCAUUUCCAAGAAGUUUAGCUGUAAUGGUGAUGAUGACUGUGGGGAUGGAAGUGAUGAAAGAGGCUGUCUACCAACUUCCUGUGGCCCACAUGAGUUUCAAUGCAGUCAUUCUUCAGAAUGUAUAUCCUUGAGUUGGCUGUGUGACCACCAUGUUGAUUGUGCUGAUCAGUCUGAUGAAUCUCCAGACAGAUGUGGGGGCAUAACAACAACCACACCACUUGUCACUUGUGCUCCUAAUGACCACCGGUGUGGCUCGGGUGAAUGUAUUCACCAGAAAUGGUUUUGUGAUGGAGACGUUGACUGCAAAGAUGGAAGUGAUGAAGUAAAUUGUCCACCUCCAACAUGUGGACCUGAUUACUUCAGAUGCAGUGACGGUAGCUGUAUCCCAGGACACAGACAGUGUAAUGGAAUUGGUGAUUGCCCAGAUAGAAGUGAUGAAAACAGCUGUAAGAAAGUUGCUGAGUGCACAGGACCCAUGGAUUUCAAGUGUCAAAGUGGUGAAUGUAUUAAUGUAUCGCAAGUCUGUAAUCAACAGCAGGAUUGCAAGGAUUGGAGUGAUGAACUCAUUGGAAAAUGUAAUGUGAAUGAAUGCAUGCUCAACAAUGGAGGUUGUUCUCAUCUCUGUCAUGAUCUUGUCAUUGGAUAUGAAUGUGACUGUCCUGUUGGCUUUCGAUUGGUUGAUCGAACCUGUGAAGACAUUGAUGAAUGUCAAAAUUCUGGAACGUGCAGCCAGAUUUGUGUGAACUUGGAAGGAAGUUACAAGUGUGAAUGUCAUCCUGGAUAUCACAUGGACCUGACUAAUUCCAUUUGCAAGGCAAUAGGAGAGGAACCUUAUUUGAUCUUCACAAAUCAGCAUGACAUCCGGAAACUAGGCCUACAUCGUUAUGAGUACACCCAGAUUGCUGUGCAGUUGAGAAAUGCUGUAGCACUGGAUGUUGAUAUUGCUGAAGACAGAAUUUUCUGGACUGAAUCAAGCCAGCACGCAAUUCUUAGUAUGUCCAUGAAUGAAGGGGAACAAUCGUCUGUGAUUACCAAAAUUGAAGAUGUGGAUGUUCCAGCAGGAAUUGCAGUGGAUUGGAUCUACAAGCAUAUCUAUUGGACUGAUUCUGGUUCGAAGACCAUAUCUGUGGCCACAUUUGAUGGAACUAAAAGGAAGACACUCUUUGACACUGAAUUAAGGGAACCAACUUCUGUUGCCGUUGAUCCAAUUACUGGGUUUAUGUACUGGUCAGACUGUGGUGACCCAGCAGUGAUUGAAAAAGCAGGAAUGAAUGGUGCUGACCGGCAGCAUCUUGUGACCAAAGAGAUUCAGUGGCCAAAUGGCAUUGCACUUGAUCUUGUGAAAAGCUGCUUGUAUUGGAUUGACUCAAAGCUGCACACAAUAUCAAGUGUAGGUCUAAGUGGCCAGGAUAGAAGAACGGUGUUGUGGUCAUUGGAAUUCCUCAUUCAUCCUUUUGCUGUCUCUGUAUUUGAGGACAAUGUCUUCUGGACUGAUGCAGCAAGCAAAACCAUUUAUGGAGCCAAUAAAUUCACAGGAGAUGAUGUGAAGGUGUUGGCUUCCAACCUUCAAAAGCCACGUGACCUCACUGUUUAUAAUGAACUGUUGCAGCCAUCUGGUAAAAAUUGGUGUAAUAAAAGCUUAAAGAAUGGCGGCUGUGACUUCAUGUGUCUCCCUGCACCUUGGUUCAACAGUCAGUCACCAAAAUAUACCUGUGUGUGUCCAUCUGGAAAGGAACUGGAGCUGAAUGGAAAACACUGUAGAAUAGCAAAUGUACAUCCAUCUACAGCAACACUGUCUACUUUAUCCUCCAGUACCAUUAAAUACCCAUCAACUGAACAGCAUACUGUGACUGCUAGAGGGAGAGAUUCAAGCGUUACACUUGAUAAAGUCAACAAAUCAGAGAGUGGCUCUGUGGCUGGUUGGAUUGCACUUGCCAUUUUACUCUUCACCAUGGCUUUUGUUGCUGGCUACCUGAAGUGGCAAGACCUGAAGAGGAAGACUCAGCAGAGCAUGUAUUUUGAGAACCCAGCCUUUGAGUGUGAUUAACUUUUUUCCAAAAGGCAAAUAAAUGCAAUUUUACAAA